UUUCCCCCUUGAUAUACCUCUUUAUGACAAACAGGGCCUUCCGUAGUGUCCAAAGUUCAAUCGAGCGAUAACGUCAAACGUGUACGCACGCGUGUAAUACCGAUCUCUACAUUGCAAAAAUGGGGAAAAUCAAAGGAGGACCAGUUGUUGAAAUGCAGGGGGAUGAGAUGACCCGAGUUAUUUGGGAUUUGAUCAAACAGAAGCUGAUUUUUCCAUUUGUGGAACUAGAGCUCCAUUCCUAUGAUCUGGGAAUUGAAAAUCGAGAUGCAACAGAUGACCAAGUAACCAUUGAUGCUGCAAAUGCCAUUAAGAAGUACAAUGUUGGAAUUAAAUGUGCUACCAUAACACCUGAUGAGAAAAGAGUAGAGGAAUUCCAUUUGAAAAAGAUGUGGAAGUCUCCCAAUGGAACAAUUAGGAAUAUAUUGGGAGGCACAGUUUUUCGUGAGGCCAUAAUCUGCCAAAAUAUCCCACGUCUGGUCACAGGAUGGACAAAAAGUAUCGUUAUUGGACGUCACGCUUAUGGAGACCAGUACCGCGCCACAGAUUUUGUUGUGCCAGGGCCAGGUAAGCUAGAAAUCAAGUUCACCCCAGCUGACGGCGGCCAGGAACAAAAUUACAAUGUGUUCGACUUCACAGAGACUGGGGGCGUGGCCUUGGCAAUGUACAACACAGACAAGAGUAUAAGAGAAUUUGCCCACAGUUCUUUUCAGUUUGCUCUGCAAAAAGAAUGGCCGCUAUAUUUAAGCACAAAGAAUACGAUUCUGAAGAAAUACGAUGGAAGAUUCAAGGAUAUUUUCCAAGAAAUUUAUGAACGGGACUACCAGAAGGCUUACGAGGAGAAGAAGAUCUGGUACGAGCACCGCCUGAUUGAUGACAUGGUGGCUUAUGCCAUGAAGUCUGAGGGAGGAUUUGUGUGGGCCUGUAAAAAUUAUGAUGGAGACGUACAGUCGGAUUCUGUUGCUCAAGGUUUUGGAUCUCUUGGAAUGAUGACCAGUGUGUUGGUCUGUCCAGAUGGUAAAACCAUUGAAGCUGAGGCUGCUCAUGGAACUGUGACCAGACAUUUCCGUCAGCAUCAGAAAGGAAACGAAACAUCAACAAACUCCAUAGCUUCCAUUUUUGCGUGGACUAGAGGACUAGCGCACAGGGCCAAGCUGGACAACAAUGACUCCCUGAAGAAGUUCUCCGAUGAUCUGGAGAAGGCAUGUGUAGAGACGAUCGAAUCUGGAGUGAUGACCAAGGACUUAGCCAUCUGUAUCAAAGGAAUGAACAAUGUUCAGAGGUCAGACUAUCUCAACACAUUUGAGUUCCUGGACAAGGUUGCUGAGGUACUGACUCAGAAACAGUCCAGUUGACUAGACAAGGACUCUAGCAAACUAUAAUAUAGGCAAACAUAAGGCUUUACAUGAUCAUUGUUAACAUUUCUCCCCCUCCUCUUUUUUCUGAAUAAAACAUAUCAGUGUUUGAUAUACAUGGACCUAUACAUCUAAACAAUGAGUGAUAUCCAGAGUAUUAAGAAUAUUUUGUUUGUGGUUCUUUUGAUUAAUGUGGGUGUAUGAUUUUUUGUGUGUUUUAAAUCAUGUGAUUGUAUACGAUUUAUGUCUACAAGUUUUUGAAACAUGAUUUUGGAGUGAUUUUGUAAGUGACCUUACAGGGUAGUUUUUAAAAUUUGAUAAGAAUUUUUUGUUUGUCAAGUCUGUCAUUAUGUUUAAUGUUGGAUCUGUAUUGAAUAUUUUAAAAGUAUUUUAAUUUAAUAAUAAAAAUUAAUAUAUUUUUAACACAUAACGUUACCUUUAAUGCACUACUUAAUUUUAUUCUAAUACUUUUAUAAGCAAAUAAAGAUUUAAGUUUACUACAA